UUCUUCAGAGUUUCAGAGCUCCUGACAAAACCCUAAGCCAUCGUCGUCGUUCCCGCCGCCGACGAGGAGGGAGGAGGGUUAUCCAUCAGCCAUGGAGGACGUCUGCGAGGGGAAGGACUUCUCCUUCCCGGCGGAGGAGGAGCGCGUGCUCCGCCUCUGGUCCGAGCUCGACGCCUUCCACGAGCAGCUCCGUCGCACGGAGGGCGGCGAGGAGUUCGUCUUCUACGACGGCCCCCCCUUCGCCACAGGGCUCCCGCACUACGGCCACAUCCUCGCGGGCACCAUCAAGGACGUGGUCACCCGGCACCAGGCGAUGCGGGGCCGCCACGUCGCGCGCCGCUUCGGCUGGGACUGCCACGGUAGGACUUGUAGCCUGACACACGGCCUCCCUGUCGAGCACGAGAUCGACAAGCUCCUCGAGAUCAAGACCCGGCAGGAUGUGCUCGACAAGGGCAUCGGUGUGUACAACGAGGCCUGCCGCGGCAUCGUCACCAAGUAUGUCGCCGAGUGGGAGGCCGUCGUCACGCGCGUGGGGAGGUGGAUUGUUUUCAAGGCCGGCUACAAGACGAUGGACAUCAACUUCAUGGAGAGCGUCUGGUGGGUCUUCGCGCAGCUCUGGCACAAGGACCUCGUGUACAAGGGCUUCAAGGUGAUGCCUUACAGCACAGGCUGCAGGACUGCAUUGUCAAACUUUGAGGCCGGGCUGGACUAUAGGACUGUUUCAGAUCCAGCAGUCAUGGUGUCUUUCCCUAUUGCCGGUGAUGUGGACAAUGCAUCUCUUGUCGCAUGGACCACAACUCCCUGGACUCUCCCAAGCAAUCUAGCAUUAUGUGUCAAUGCCAAUCUUGUGUAUGCCAAGGUUAAGGACAAAUCAAAUGGAACAGUAUACAUUGUUGCUGAAAGUAGGCUUGGGCAGUUGCCAGUUAAGGCCAAAGCUUCCGGAAAGAAGCAAGCAACUUCUAAGGGAAGCAUGACUGAAGCUGUUCAAGGCGGUUUGGAUACUGAAUCGUACGAGUUACUGGCAAAGAUUCCUGGUUCAUCCUUAGUAGGCCUAAAGUACACUCCUUUGUUUGAUUUUUUCUUGGAGCUUCAGGAGACUGCCUUUAGGGUCAUUGCAGAUAACUAUGUAACUGAUGAUAGUGGAACCGGUGUGGUCCAUUGUGCUCCUGCUUUCGGUGAAGAUGACCAUCGUGUUUGCCUUGCUGCCGGGAUAAUUGAGGCUAGUGGCCUUGUUGUCGCUGUUGAUGAUGAUGGUUGCUUUAUUGACAAGAUAUCUGAGUUCAGAGGGCGACCUGUUAAAAAGGUUGACAAGGAUAUCAGCAGUGUUGACAAUGAUAUCAUCAGUGCUGUUAAGGAUAAAGGAAGGCUUGUUAGUAAAGGGAGCAUUGAACACUCUUAUCCAUAUUGUUGGCGCUCAGAGACUCCUCUCAUUUACCGGCCUGUUCCAAGCUGGUUCAUUAAGGUUGAAAAGAUAAGGGAUCAGUUGCUGGAGUGCAACAAGGAGAUCUACUGGGUUCCAGAUUAUGUCAAGGAAAAGAGAUUCCAUAACUGGCUAGAAGGUGCCAGGGACUGGGCUGUUAGCAGAAGUAGAUUCUGGGGUACUCCACUUCCAGUAUGGAUCAGCCAAGAUGGUGAAGAAAUUGUAGUUAUGAAUUCCAUUGAAAAACUUGAAAAAUUAUCUGGUGUCAAGGUUAGCGAUCUUCACCGACAUUAUGUUGAUGAUAUUACGAUUCAGUCUAGCAGAGGACCAGAGUAUGGGGUGCUCAAACGGGUUGAAGAUGUUUUCGACUGCUGGUUUGAGAGUGGCUCCAUGCCAUAUGCCUACAUUCAUUAUCCAUUUGAGAACCGUGAACUAUUUGAGAAUAAUUUUCCUGGAGACUUCGUGGCAGAGGGCUCGGACCAAACACGUGGAUGGUUCUAUACUUUGAUGGUGUUAUCAACAUCAUUGUUUGGGAAGCCUGCUUUUAAGAAUCUUAUUUGCAAUGGUCUUGUCUUGGCCGAGGAUGGUAAGAAAAUGAGCAAGAGUAAAAAGAAUUACCCUGCUCCAACAGAAGUCAUUGAUGAAUACGGAGCAGAUGCGUUGACGCUGUAUUUGGUAAAUUCGCCAGUUGUACGCGCAGAGUCUCUACGAUUCAGAAGGAGUGGUGUUUUUGGUGUUGUGAAAUAUGUUUUCCUCCCAUGGUAUAAUGCAUAUAGAUUUCUUGUCCAAAAUGCAAAGAGAUUUGAGGUUGAGGGCCUCGGAGCAUUUUCUCCGAUUGAUCAAACUUCACUUCUGAAAUCAUCCAAUGUGUUAGAUCACUGGAUAAAGUCCGCAACUGAAAGUCUGGCCAGCUUUGUUCGGCAGGAGAUGGAUGCCUAUCGGCUUUACACGGUUGUGCCAUAUUUGGUAAAAUACAUUGACAAUCUUACUAUUAUAUACGUGCGUUUCAACCGCAAACGGCUAAAAGGACGCACUGGAGACAAAGACUGUAAAGUUUCACUUUCAACUCUCUACCAUGCACUUGUAACAACUUGUGUGGCGAUGGCUCCAUUUACACCUUUCUUUACUGAGGUUCUUUAUCAAAAUCUGCGAAAGGUUUCAAGUAAAUCAGAGCAGAGCAUUCAUUUUUGUAGUUUCCCAUCGACAACUGGGGAGAGAGAUGGGCGUGUUGAGCAGAGUGUAAGCAGGAUGAUGACCAUCAUUGAUCUUGCUCGCAAUAUUCGAGAACGGCGCAACAAAGCUCUCAAAACGCCACUUAAGGAGAUGGUGGUCUUUCAUCCUGACAAUGAAUUUCUGGAAGACAUUGGUGGAAAGCUAAAAGAGUAUGUCAUGGAGGAGAUGAAUGUUAAGAUUGUCACAACAUGUGAUGAUCCCAUGAAGUAUUCUGUUUCGCGGGCAGAACCCAAUUUUAGCGUACUAGGCAAAAGACUGGGAAAAGACAUGGGCAAAGUAUCAAGUGAAGUUAAGAAAAUGACUCAGGACCAAAUCUUGGCAUUUGAACGAAGUGGAAAGGUUUCAUUCCUUGGUCAUUGCUUGACGGUAGACGAUAUUAAGGUGGUCCGACAAUUCAAGCGUCCAGCAAAUAUGUCAGAGAAAGAAAUGGAUGCUGCAGGAGAUGGUGAUGUUUUGGUCAUAUCGGAUCUUACAGCUGAUCAAUCGUUGUUUGAAGCUGGAGUGGCUCGCGAGGUCGUAAACAAAAUCCAGAAGUUACGUAAGGUUGCUCAGCUGGAACCUACGGACCUGGUUGAUGUGUAUUACAAAUCUGAAGAUGAUAACAACACACUUCAAGAAAUUUUGCAGUCACAGGAUCAGUACAUUAGGGAUGUGCUUGGUAGUUCACCUAUCCCAAAGGCAAUGGCGCAAUCAUAUGUGGUUUUCAUCUGUGAGGAUUCCCACGUUGUACACGGUAUGUCGUUUGUCAUCUACAUAGCAAGGUGCAUCCCCGUGGUCACAUCUGAUCUCCUUCCCCAUGCCGUAGGCAACAGUGACCACGUCGAUGCAUUACGAGCUUAUUUGCUGUCAAGGUCUCUGGCCAGACUGAAGAGCGAAUUCCAGGCUGGAAAUGGCAAGAUUACAGUGAACUUGCCAGAUCCAGAUCCAUCUCGUCCUCGGCUCUCCGGGCGUGCUCCGGGCCCUGCUGCGCGUCGACGCUCCACCACCUCCCUGCUACUGCCUCGCCCCAUUUGCGCUGCUGCACAACGUCCACUUUCACAGUGGCCAUCGGCGUCCUCCUCCGCUCAGAUCCGGCCGGUGCUCGCCGCUCUCAACCUGCGCCGCCAUCCUCCAUGUCGACCCUCCUCUGCUGGCGCUAGGUGGGCGGGCGGCUUGGCACCUGGCGCCGGCGGCGCCCACGGCUGCGUUUCGGCCUCCUGGCCGUCCGUUUCGGCUGGCCGGCGACGGAUCCGGCGGUUCCGGGUCCGGAUCCGGCUCUCCUUCGGCUCGCAGCUCCCAUAGCUCCCCUAGCCACCCCCAUCCUCUCCGGCGGACGAUGCACCCCGCUCCACCUCGCCUCGCUCCCCACGGAUCCUCCUCGACCCCGUCCUCCUGUGCGACCGAAGCCGGGCGGCCGCAGAUCCGGCGCCGGCGUCCCCUCCCCUCUACAUCGACAACCCGUCCUGCGCCUCCACCCCGCUCGCCCUCCCCGUCCCCGCCCCCUGCGCGCCCGUCAUGAACGGGCUGCGGCUGGUCUGGUGGAUCCAGCGACGGACCCCUCCUCGCCUCCGCCACCGUCGGUCCCUGCCGGGAAGAACCUCCACUCUGGUGCCCCCACCCUCUGUCCACCUCCCACGCCGCCCCACCUCGUCUCCACCCUCCUCACCGGCGGCCUGCUCCACUCGUCCUUCCUCGGUUCACCAUCCGCCUCACAUGUCCGUCUCGGUCCUAUCCUCUGUCGCCCUUCGACUCCACUUGGAUGGCGGCCCACCAUUGACGGAUGUGCUACGGGAGAAAUCCCCGCUGACCUUGUCAGCUGACCACGACGGCGCUACUCCAGCGUCGCUUACCCUCUUGGGGGCGUGGCUCAUGUGCCACUCCUGUCUCUCGGUCCGGAUUCGCAGCUCUCGGCUCUGCCCGUCCACCUUCUUGAAGGCGUCGCUAGGGAGCUCCUUGCGGCCAUUCAUCCUCCGUUGCCCUUGGGGGUUGGUCAUCCUCUGCUCUGCUAGCUCAAGACCCUCUCAUGCAUGUCGUCUGUUUUGGUGAGCUUCGUGCUCUUCGUGCUAUCUCGGUUCAUCUUUGCUCAACAACGAUGCAACGAUGCCUCCCCACCUUGUUAAUCGUGUCAACUUGCUGUGGCGGAGUUUCCAGUUAAGGUUCGUGAUGGGUCACUCGUUGAUUGGUGCUGCUCCUCUGUUGUGCCAAGGGGUUGGUACGCACGCCGGUGUGGUGCGUUAGGAUAGUUGAUUAGUGUUGGUAUUGUGUUUCCUCGAUGACACACCACUUCCACUCGACUUUUAUGGUGGUGGUCUCUUGGCUUGCUGGCUAGGUAGUGCCUUCUUCGGGGCGCCCAUAUGCCCUCACCCUAUGUAAUCUUUCCCUCCUGUGUGGUUUUUUCGGCCCGGUUUCCCUUAUAAACGGGGUCAACCUGUUAAGGUUUUCGAUCCGGUUUUCCUUAUAAACUGGAUCAAACACUUGGCAUUUUGGCCACUUUGAGCAAUAUAUUCAGGUGGGGAAUCUCUCCCCCCGGUGACCGUUCAAAAAAAAAACCCAAUCGACCUGCAGCUAGGAAAACAUGUACUUCUGAGCUGCAAAUAGAGUAGCUUGGCGGCAGGCUAGUCUGGAAAAUUAUUGUGGACCAGCCUUGGUCAUCCUUUCUUAAUGGAAUAUUGGAAGCAACGCAACGGCAAAAUGUGCGAGCAUAUUCAUGUUUCCUUUCAAGGUUGGAGGUCUGGUUUGAAUGAUGUCCAACUUCUUCGACAUAGAUUUACCGAGCAGGGUUUUAACGUAUAAAUAGAUGGAGCAGCAGCUUGUUGUAACCUCUUGUACAGGUUGUUUUUCGGUUUGCCUCAUGUGCAGUUCUUAGUUUUCCUCUUGGUAGUUUGUAUAGCCACCUUUU